UACAUGGCCAAGUGAGAGAUUACACACACAGUAUUUUGAGUACAAAAUCAAAGCCGAAAAAACAGAAGUCAUUCCAAUACAUAUUUUUGAUUAAAUGGAUUCUUCAAUCUUCCACUCCCCAACUCAAAAUUCUGAAUUUUCAUCAGAAUCUUCAUUUGAGUCGCUAGACUCUUUCUCUUGGGAUGGCCUAAAUUUGAACCACCCCAAUAAUUUUCUCCCUUUCAAUGAGAAUGACUCGGAAGAAAUGCUUCUUUUUGGUCUACUCUCUAACUCCAAUGACCAAGUAACAUCGGAAACAUUUCUGAAACAAGUCAAGGAAGAAGAGGUAAGUUCAAUAUCAGAUGAAAGCCCAAAGAAGGAAAAGUCUUAUAGAGGUGUUCGGAGGAGGCCAUGGGGGAAAUUUGCAGCUGAGAUAAGGGAUUCAACUAGACAUGGCAUAAGGGUGUGGUUAGGGACAUUUGAUAGUGCUGAAGCAGCUGCUUUGGCUUAUGACCAAGCUGCUUUUUCCAUGCGGGGUUCCUCGGCUAUACUCAAUUUUCCAGUUGAGAGAGUGAGGGAAUCGCUUAGGGAAAUGAAUUAUAGUUCCGAAGAUGGGUGCUCCCCUGUUGUGGCUCUUAAGAGAAAGCACUCCAUGAGAAGGAAAGUUAUAAGCAAGAAGACCAAAAGGGUUGAAAAUGUGGUGGUGUUUGAGGAUUUAGGUGCAGAUUACUUGGAACAACUCUUAAGUUCAUGUUCAUCGGAGAGUGCUGCUGCUAGGCCUUGGUGAUGAAACAAAUAUCUAUAACACUUCUCUGUUCUUUUUUUUAGUCUCUCUUUCUUUCUUGUAGUCAAUUCCUUGUGUUCUUCUUUCAAUUUUUAAUUUUUUUUUUCCCUUUGAAAUUUCAUUGUAAUGAUAAGAAUAUCAUGCUCUGAAAUCAUCAAAAUCUGUAUCUUAAUUUAUCCUCUCUCUUUUUUUUAAUCAUUUUUGUAAAGUUGAUGUGAUAAGGGAAUUUUGUGAUACCUUGGUGGGGUUCAA